GUCAUGAAUAUGGAUCCAGGCGAAGGUACUUCGGAUGGUCGUGUAAAACGUAAAACAAACAACAUCGAAGUGGAAAUCAAACAAGAGCCAGACAUCAAGGAGGAACCAUCGGAUGGCAGUGAAUUGAGUUUGGUGACACGUUCGAAUGAAGGAUUUGGAGCGGUUGCAGCGACUGAGGCAUUGAACAUCGAAUCGGUGGACAAGUUUGAAUCGGAUAUCGAUCUUGAAUUUGAUUUGAAUGGUGUGAAAGAGGAGGUGAAGUGCAAAGGAGAGAAGCCAGAUAAAGGAAAAGAUUCUUCAGUUGAUUCAGACUCGAAGGGAAAUGAAGCGAAUGCCCAAGGCGAUCAAAAUGAUGAGCCAGUGGUCGAGCCAAAAGUCAGUCGAAAAAGACUCAAUUCAAACGUCGGAAAGAGGCGUGAUGGAUCAAGAAAACAGGAUAGACGUAAGAUUCCAAGGAAUAAAGCGGCGAAGAAACGAACGGAGCACAAGUGUCAUGUUUGCGGUUAUGUUACAUCGCACAAAGGGAAUUUUGCCACACACAUUCGCAUUCACACAGGCGACAAGCCUCACAAAUGCAACGAUUGUUCGAAAAGUUUCGCACACGGAAGCGAUUUGAUUCGGCACAAGAAAAUCCACAGCGGAGAAAAACGAUUCGAAUGCUCCGUUUGUUUCAAAUCAUUUGCAUGGAAAUUCAGUUCAAAUGUUCACUUGCGAACUCAUGCCGAUGAUCUUCCUUAUUCUUGUUUGAAAUGUGGCCAACGAUUUUCCAGCGGUGAGGCCAGACAAUCACAUGAAAAGCGCUGCAAACGACGUCGAUACGAAUGUUAUCUCUGCGGAUACGAAUGUUUUGCCAAAUACGAUCAGAAACGCCACAUGCAAGCAAAACACAUCGGCGACCGUCAAUACCAAUGUGAAAUAUGCGGAAAGAAAUUCAUCCACAAAGGUCAUCUCAAUCAACAUUUGGCCACUCAUCGCGAUCAAUACCCAUUCAAAUGCAGCAAGUGUCGCCGAGGAUUCACAAUGGAAGAGGAUAAAACAGCACACGAGAAGAUUUGCGGUCAUCGUCAGUAUCAAUGUUACAUUUGCAAAGAUUUCAAGAUACAAAGGACCAAUCUACGAAAUCACAUGCGUGUCCAUCACACAGGAGAGAAGCCGUUCCAUCGCAAGUAGUGUGCCAAGUGUUUCAUUCGGAAGGACGAUUCAAAAUCGCACAUAAAAAGUAUUCACCGUUCCAAAGGAUGAUGCUUCGCGCAAUAGAUUUGUUUCACUCCAUUCGAACUAAGUCUUUUUUUCCCAUUCUUAUGGAUAAUGUUUACUUCAUCUGUACCGGUAUUCUAACACCAUUCCGAACAAUUUGUUCGGAAUUAUUCCGAGCGAUCAAUUAUAUUUUGAAAGGUGGAAACCAAACGUUCAAUCAAUGAAAAAGAGACAAAUCCAUAUAUAACGUUUGGAUACCACCUUCCAAAAUAUAAUUGAUCGCUCGGAAUAAUUUCGAAAAAAGUGUUCGAAAUGGUGUUAGAAUACCGGUACUGUUAUUCAUUCGAAUUUGAAAAAGUCAGUAGCUUUGUUCUUUCAUUAGCACUCCUACAACACAACUGAUACUAAUCUGUUCGAAUGAUAAUUUGCUUAACAAAAUUGAAUUGUUC